CAGGUUCUGUAUUAUGCACUCAAUCCUCCGGCCGUUGUACCUCAGCUCCACCUUCUGUAUACUUUCAUCAUGUGCGGAGUAUAUGUGCGUUGAUGCCUCCAAUAUAACUGCCGUGUUCCCGCUGUCUGUUGCGAUCUAGUCUUCAUGUCUGUGACUGUGAAAAACCUCAAUGCCGAUACAACCUUUCUCCUCAUCUUCUCCCCCAAGGCGCACCCUCUGCCUUCAGAUCUGACUUCCGCAGGCGGCGCAGUUUCGGUGCUCAUAGAUCCAUGGCUCAAGGGCCCCUCCAUCAAUGCUGCGUCCUGGUUUGCAAAGACUGAGCACAAGUCCCCGAGCGCGAUUGAGCACCUCUCAGACCUUGAAGAACCCGACGUGCUGGUCGUGUCGCAAAACAAGCCUGACCACCGCCACAAGGAGACUCUUCUCCAAUUACCUCCGGAAGGGAAAACCAUCAUCGCGGCGGAACCGGGCGCAGCAAAGACCAUCAAGAGCUGGAACCACUUUGAUCCCACGCGAGUUCAUGCACUGCUCAAGUAUGACCCCAAAGUCAAGUUCGGGCGUUCCUUGCGACACCCCAUCGCUCCUCUAUCACCACAGGGCUUUCCGGGUGAGCUGAACAUCGCCUUCAUUCCUGCGAAACGCUACAGGACGGGCCUACACAAUGCCAUCGGCAUCACAUACCAGCCACCUACUCACACGAGGAGCAUCGCACCCAUCGCAACAGUUGAUCUUCCAAAAACGACAAGAUACUUCCACAUGCCUCUCAGUCCAAUGACUAUGCCUCCAUCAAGUCCUCCAGCACCCUUGACCCCUCUGGCUGAUCGACCCGUGUCUUUUGACCUGCCUGGUUAUGACCAGGCCUCCGUACAGGGUUCCAAUGUGGCUCACUUCAAAGGGCAUAGACCGCGACUGUCUCGCUCGUCCAACACUGCUUCAUCUGAAUUCCUCCCGGCGGCUGACCAACCUGCCAUUCGAACACAGUCAGAGCCCGAAGCUGAGAGUGGAGGCAUCGCGCAAAAAGUCCUGACCAUCCCUGAUCAAUCUGUCCUCUUGGAUAGUCCUUUCCGAUUUGAACUCGACCCUGCACCAUUCACGUUUGUCAAGAAUCUCCCCACACCACCAGCUUCUCCUGUGCCAACGGCGGCGUCGUCUCUAGCAGGCUCGUCCCCAAAGCCGUCAGCCACAUCUCCAACUAGCACUCUCUACCAUCAUCGCCACAGUUCUUCCGUGCCGUCCCACCAGAAAUCUUUAUCCAGCGUCUCUUCCGUGCCAAACCUUGCGCCCAUCACGCCCGCCCGUCCCAAAGCCGUCUCAGUCAUCUACUCGCCCCACGGAGUCCCGCUGUCUGAUCUGCAGCCUUACAUCCAAACCCACCUCGUUCGACUAGCAGGAGCUCUCCCUCUGACCUUACUCUUUCACUCCUUCGACUACGCGCAAAAUCCCUGGUAUCUGGGCGGCAACAUCAUGGCCGGCAUGUAUGGCGGAGCAGAAAUCGCCCGCGCGUUAAUGGCUAGGUGCUGGAUCAGUGCGCACGAUGAACCCAAAGACGCCCGUGGGAUAGGGGUGAGGAAACUACAGGUGAGGCGGAUCUCCGUGGAUGAGGUAAGAAGACAUCUAUGGACAGGAGAGGAUGGCGAAUGGCUCAAGAAACGAGGAUGGACCUGCGAUGUUCGGCAGCUGGAGGCUGGAGCGAAGGUCUUCAUUGGCCCGAGCAGAGAUCUAUGCUCAGGGAUGGAGGGGAAGAGGGAGAGUCGGCUAUUGCGGUUUGGCGGUGCUGGAGAGGAGAUGAGAUGAAAUGACACGAAGCUUUGGUGGCAGAGGAGGGCAUUCUCGAUCCCAGCAUUUAUGACAGGAGCAACAGAGCUUGACAUGUACAAACAGCUGAUGCAUGGAUUGAUGAGAUACGAUCAAAGUCAGUAGUGCUAAGUAGUCCUAAUGAGCCUCGAAGCGAUUGGCUGGUUGUGGUCGGAGAUGCAGCCCC